CUUCUAGUGGAAGUGGUAAGUAUCAUUGUCCUACACGAGUUCACAGUACAGAACAGCACACCAUGUCAUCAUCCUACUUGCUGACUAAAAGUCAAAUUACUUCUGCUCUUACUGACCUUGCUGUGGCUGCUAAUAACCUCGCCCACCAUGUCUCAGGUUCUGGAUUCUCCGUCCUCCAAUUCAUUGCUUAUAUUGUUGCUAUUUAUCUGUUGAGUUUGGAUCGUACAAACUGGGAGACCAACACUUUCACAUCACUACUCGUUCCAUACAUUUUUUUCAGCCUGCCUUCAUGGAUUUUCGGUGUCUUCAGGGCAGAGAUUGGGAGAUGGAUUGCUCUCAUUGCUGUUGUAUUACGACUUUUUGUUUCAAGGCGCUUCCCUGAUCGGCUGGAAUUACCCGCUGCUUUGAUUCUUCUUAUUGUUGUUGCUCCCGAUCUAUUUGCAAACACCUUUAGAAGCGAUGAAGUUGGCUUGGUAGUAUGCCUUGUCAUUGCAUGUUAUUUGCUACAAGAACAAAUUCGGGCAUCUGGUGGUUUUAGAGAUUCUUUAACAAAAGCUCAUGGAAUAUCAAAUACAAUUGGCAUAAUUCUUCUGUUUUCACAAAAACUCAUGGAAUAUCAAAUACAAUUGGCAUAAUUCUUCUGGUAAUCUACCCCAUCUGGACAUUGGUUCUCUAUAUUACCAUAUAUAUAGGCAUUAACAUAGAGUGAAAAAUUUGUAUUUGGUUGAUAUAAGUUUACGAUUUGGCGAUUUGAUCGAAUGUGAAGUGAAAUAUUAUUGGAAUACUUUUUUGGCUUCAUUAAUCAUUAACAAUAUUAUUAGCAUUGUUGUAUUUUCGUAUCUUCUUGUGUAUUCACAAACUGUAUAUUGUACUUGAAAAUCAUAAUUUGGUUAGCCUGUGGAUCAUACACCAAUAGUUUCUUGAA